GGGAGUGUGGUGCCAUCUUGCGGCUGAGAAAGACGCAUGCGUCCCCGCCAGCCACUGCGUCGCAGUCUGCCAUAUUGUUUUACCUCGUAGGAUACUCCCCGCUCCACUUUUUCACAAUGGGACGCAAAAAGAAGAAGCAAACGAAGCCGUGGUGUUGGUACUGCAAUCGUGAAUUUGACGAUGAAAAAAUACUAAUACAACAUCAGAAAGCCAAACACUUUAAAUGUCACAUAUGUCACAAGAAGCUAUAUACUGGUCCAGGUUUAUCCAUCCAUUGUAUGCAGGUUCAUAAAGAAACAAUCGACAAAGUACCAAAUGCCCUCCCAAAUAGAAACAACAUAGAAAUAGAAAUAUAUGGAAUGGAAGGUAUACCAGAGGAAGAUUUAAAAGAACAUGAAAGACAACGUGCUGGGAGAAUGGGUCCUGGAGGUCGGCGGCAAGACGAAGAAGACGACGACGACUCUCAAUCUAGUCUCCCUGGGCAGUCAAAUCCACCACCUCCACCUGUGCCUUCUCAAGGACCACCAGGACCUAUGGGUCCCAUGAUGGGUCCCAAUGGACCCAUGAUGCCAAUGAUGGGACAUAUGGGGCCAAUGGGUCAUAUGCCUCCUUAUAUGGGUGGCCCGGGUAUGAUGGCUGGUCCAAUGGGGCAUUUGGGUCCCAUGCCUCCACCUGGUGGCCCUCCUGUCAACAACCCACCCAGUACUUCACAACCACCCAAUAAACCACUCUUCCCAUCUGCGGCACAGUUUGCAUACAAGACUGGACACACUACAACGCUGUGCAGCUUAUUGCACUGGACACAUGGCCAUACCAGUAUCCCUUCCGGCCAUUAUGCGGCCAAACAUGCAACCUAUAAUGACACCUCAACCUAUGGUGUCAGCUGGUGUGCCUACAAUGCCAACAGCCAUGCCCCCCCUCCCAUUAGGAGGUAUGAGACCACCCCUAGGUCUACCACAAGCUCUGCCUGGUCCUGGGCAAAUGGCCCCUGGUUUAGCUGGUCCACCAAUGAUGGGCGCACCCAUUAUGGGAGGGCCGCACAUGAUCCCGCGCUUCAGGUGACCACCGGGUCCCGGUAUGUAGCCAGCAGGUAGGAAGCAACAGGAUGGGCAGCAGCAGGUCACGGCGCUGGUGAGGCAACAUACGCAUGCCUUCGUCAUGACUGAUAGUCAGCCUCCUCACCGACCCUCCCUCGCUCGCUCGCUAAGCACACUAGCGCAGUCAGUCAGUCACUAAGUUGGCUUGUGGGGCAAACCAACACACACCUGGGACUAUCCAAGAUGAAUCUGCUGUCUACAUUAUCUGCAUUAUUAGGCAAGAAUUCUCAAUAACACCACUCAUGCAGAGACGCUUAGACAUGUCCAACUCUAGGUAAAGCUAAGAUAGGAAUAGUUUAACUGAAUUAGAAAAUAGGUCAAAUUUAUAUCCCAUGAGUGAUGUUUUUUGUGAAGUCGUAGGAUUCUCUCAUCAUUUAACUAUCAAAAGAUUGCAAACAUGUUGACAAAAAUAAUGAAAUUGUAGUGAGUCCCUAACACUUGUUGGUUUUCCAUCACAGCUCGAUUAGUCCUGUGUGGACAAGCUAACAUUGCAUCACUCUGCAGCAAGCAUCUGUUAUCAUCUGUUAUUGACUUCUUUGUCUCUUUUUAUCAUUGCUCUGAUCAGUGUUGAAAUGUUUAUCCACAAGACUGUCGUUUGUGUGCCGCCCACGUGGAACUUACGUUUGAGCAAGUGGUGCUUGUAUACUUGCUUCUUGGGACCUACACUUGAUUGUAUGUAUUUAUACUCGAUCCAUCUCAAGUGUGCAAGAAGUCUCGCCCAGGUGCUGCAUCUGCACUUUCCCCAUUGACUUUAUCAUAUUCCAGGCCUUGGUAAUCAUUGUGAUUAAUAUGCUUGAGAUGGGUAAGACAAUUGGAUUAAGGGCAGGUAUGGCCAGUGGAAUAAGGCACUGCUGCUAACUUGGGCCAGGAUGGAGGAUGCAGGCGCGACUGUUCAAUCCUUGGAGCAUUGAAGCACUUGUAUUAUAGUGUUUUUAGGUUUCAUUUUUUUUUUUUUUUGUGAUAAUUGUGUAUUUGUGAAUUUUUCUCUUAAGGUAAGAAUCUGUUUAGUUAAUAAGGUAAGAGGCUGUUUAGUUUAGACAUGGUAGUUCUUCACAAAAGCACUGUUGGAAUUUUAUCCUACCUAUACAGAUGUUAACAGCAGGUUAGUCCAUUUAUAUAAUUUUUUUGCAAGUUGUACAAAUGACUUUGUAAAUUGUUGAAAGGGAGAUCCCAUUAGCAGCCGUAAGUACUUUUUUGUAUUUAUAAUUGUCAUCAUAUUGCUAUGAGGAAUCUAGUGACUUAACUAUCAGCUUUGUUCAAAAUAAUCACCUGUUUAUUGUAUGUUGUGAAAUAAAUAGUAAGUUGUCAA